AGGGGCGCGCAGCCUACCAAACGCGCCCGUAGAGCCCCCAUUACUCGCACGGAUUGCCGGCGGCGGCUCCCCUCCUACUCCGACCACCGCCACAGCACCAGCACAGCGAGCAAUGGCGUCGAAGCUGCAGCUGCCGGCGGACGACAGCGUCACGCUGAUCGUCUCGCACUCCAACCUCACAAGCUUCUCCUCCGACGUCCGCGUCUCCCAGCAGACCACCGUCGAGGCGCUCAAGGAGAAGCUCUGGAAGAAGACCGGCACCUCCGUGGCCUCCAUGCGCCUCGAGCUCCGCGACGAGACCGGCUCCAGGGUCGCCGACCUCGACCGCGACGCCGCGCCCCUCGCCGCAUACUCGCCCUACGACGGGUACCGGCUGCACAUCGUUGAUCUCGAUCCUUCGUCGGUGACCUCCGGUGGUUGGUUGGAAGACACUUCGCUCGUGGAGAAGUAUACAAUAUCCGAUGAAGCAUAUGACAAGCUCGGCACAAACUUUCGAAAGUUCAAAGAAAAUAUGGUGUCGAAAAACCCUGUAAUGGAUGAUAAACAACAGUCAGACAAUCAGAUGGAGGAAUUGUGUGCCAAUAUCAAGGUGGGAGACAGAUGCGAGGUUGAGCCAGGCGCCAAGAGGGGUACCGUGAAAUUCGUUGGCAAAGCUGAAGCUCUCGGUCGCGGAUUCUGGGUCGGUGUGCAGUAUGACGAGCCACUCGGAAAACACGAUGGCAUGGUGAAACGUGUCCGGUUCUUUGAGUGUCCUCAAGGGCAUGGGGCAAUUGUGAGGCCAGAGAAAGUAAAGGUCGGCGACUUCCCGGAGAGAGACCCAUUCGAAGAUGAAGAAGAGGAGAUAUAGGUGUGAAUUGUCUUCGGGUUUGUUUGAUGAUCCCUCAUGUGAUGAGGAUUAUGAUGUGUAGAGUUUUUUUUUGUUGGCGUGAGAUGACUGAGCAUGGGACUAGUAUUUGUUGCUGGUGGUCAUCUUCUGAUGGUUUUUUUUUUUUACAUUGUGUUAAAUGGCCUUGACUAGUUGAUUGGAUUGGGUUACUUGAAGGAACUUUUCCCAAGUCA